CAAUUAACAACUUGUCUUUUGGACAGUUGAUCUCUCUAUAUAAAUAGAACACAGCUCCCCAAUUUCCGUUACUCAGCUCCAAAAAACCUCACAACUCUCUCAAAUUCAUCAGGUUGAGAGGCCAUGGCCACCCCAACACCAUUGUUGAAAGAUGAGCUUGAUAUAGUGAUACCCACAAUCAGGAAUCUUGACUUCCUUGAGAUGUGGAGACCCUUUUUUCAAUCAUACCAUUUAAUCAUUGUACAAGAUGGUGACCCUUCUAAGACCAUUCAUGUCCCUGAAGAAUUUGAUUAUGAGCUUUAUAAUAGGAAUGAUAUUAACAGGAUUCUUGGUCCUAAGGCUUCUUGCAUCUCUUUUAAGGACUCUGCUUGUCGCUGCUUUGGUUACAUGGUUUCCAAGAAGAAGUAUAUCUACACCAUUGAUGAUGAUUGCUUUGUAGCCAAAGACCCAUCUGGCAAAGAUAUCAAUGCACUCGAACAGCACAUUAAGAACCUUCUUUGUCCAUCUACCCCGCAUUUCUUCAACACUCUGUAUGAUCCAUACAGAGAGGGUGCAGAUUUCGUUCGUGGAUAUCCUUUCAGUAUGCGUGAAGGGGCUGCCACAGCUGUUUCUCAUGGGCUUUGGCUCAACAUCCCUGAUUAUGAUGCACCCACACAACUUGUUAAGCCUCGUGAAAGGAACACCAGGUAUGUAGAUGCAGUUAUGACCAUUCCCAAAGGCACUUUAUUUCCCAUGUGUGGAAUGAAUUUGGCAUUCAACCGUGAGCUGAUUGGACCUGCAAUGUACUUUGGGCUCAUGGGUGAUGGUCAGCCAAUUGGUCGUUACGACGAUAUGUGGGCUGGCUGGUGUACCAAGGUGAUAUGUGACCAUUUGGGCCUAGGAAUCAAGACUGGUCUUCCCUACAUUUGGCAUAGCAAAGCAAGCAACCCUUUUGUCAACCUGAAAAAGGAGUACAAAGGCAUCUAUUGGCAAGAAGAGAUCAUCCCGUUUUUCCAAGCUGUAACCCUUCCUAAAGAGUGCACAACUGUCCAGCAGUGCUACAUCGAGCUCGCGAAACAGGUCAAGGAGAAACUUUCCAACAUAGAUCCCUAUUUCACAAAGCUAGCAGAAGCCAUGGCCACUUGGAUCGAAGCCUGGGAUGAGCUCAACCCUACUGGGGAAAACUUGGCUAAGCUAUCCAUCUCGAAUGACAAGGCAAAGUAGAUUGCAUUUAGCUUUUGGUGAGUAACUUACUUAUCUAUUUUACAUGUUUAAUUUUACUUUGGAUUCCGUUCUAUGAGACAUUGUGUUAUUUAUUCGUUAGACUUAUAUUCGAGUACAAAGUUGAGGCUAUUUAUUGCGAAUAAAAUGGGUUAAUUGCUUUCUCUAGCA